AUGAGGGACCAGGAGCCAUCAGACUCACCGGGCAAGAAAUUGGCGGCCAGUAGAGAAGGAUCCAUGGAUGAGAUCUGGGCAUCCGCAGCCGAGCAUUUUGAGAAGAUAUGCGGCGAGUCCCUGAAGAAAGGCGAAGUGAAGAGUUUCGAAGAUGUACAGAGACAAAUCGAGAACAGCGGCAAAGCGGCUGCCAAUACCAGUCAAAGCCCAGAAGACAGCUGGGACACGGCGAAAAGCGUCGGUUUGAGUUCUCUCAAGUACCUCAAGAUGUUGGUGGGAGCUGCUUCACAGGCCUCUUCAUUUAUUCCCAUCCCGGCUGUUGCUAGCAACAUCACAGCCAGUGCGCUGUCUUUUGUCUUCGACAUCCCUCAAGCCAUCAAAGGAUAUAACGAUGCAGUGGAUCAAGUCUUCAGUGAAGUUUCGUCGGCGCUGUCUCAGUUCCAGAUCUAUCAAGCGAUGGAAAACGUCGACCGACUUCUCAUUAACCAGAUCAAUCUGGUUCUUCUACGCUUCGUUGAGGUUUGCGCUCAUGUAAUCAAACACCGCCAAGGUCGCAGGCGAGACCGCGUCUUCCAACGAGUUAAGUCCAUCUUUGACAGCGACACAGACUUGGCCGGUGCUAUGGCGAGUUUCAAAGGGGCACUGCAAGGGCAACGCGAUGUGGAAGGGACUGUCACCCUUGCCGUGGUGGUGGAAACGCAAAAGGCGGCGCAGGAAACGCACAAGGGCGUCCAAUCCCUGACGGACGACGCAGACCGCACAAAGACGCUGACCAAGAUUCGCGACAAUUUGGGCGUUCAAUCGACGGUCCGGCUCGACACCAACACCACCCAGACAGUGACUACCAUAUCGGACAAGUGUUUCAACGGCACGGGUUCAUGGAUCUGGACGCACGAUGCAUACGUCCACUGGACAGCAUCCAACGAGAAGGAUGUCUUGGUUGUGUCUGGCCCCGAAUCAUCCGGCAAGACAUCAGUCACCGCCCUCAUCACCAAACGCCUCGAGGAGCAAAAGGGGCGCACCUACGUUGCCCACUAUUUCUUUCCCCCCAGCACCAAGAAAUCCGAGAGCGACAAGAAUCCUGUCCAGACGGCGCUAAAGUAUAUGGCUUUCCAGAUCGCCCGUGUCGAUGUCACGGUGCAAAAGGCCCUGAGCAAGGCAUGUGACGCCGGGCCUGCCGCAUUCCGUCGCUCAUCAAGCACUGAAAACUUGGAGAAGCUAUGGUCAGACCUCAAGAUUGGGGCACCCGGGUCGGGAGCCACGUACUAUCUUGUGUUUGACGGGCUUGAGAAUCUGCACCAAGAUCAACUAAAGAUGCUCCUCGAGUUUGUCUUUGGUUCUCGGUCGAGAGAAAAGCCGAACCGGCGAGUCCGCAUCUUGGUGAGCGGUACGGAUGAAAAGCUAAAGACUGCUUAUCAGCCGAACUUUGAUGCGGCGCUCAAAAUUCAUAUGGAGAAGGAGAACGAGCAGGAUAUGCGGAUUGUCAUCCUCGAGUCCUUGAACAAGCAAGGUGUGCUCCCUAAUGCCGGGACCAAUUCGGAGCAGCGGAAGGCAAAGGAAAAGAUUCUUGAAAAACUUCCGCAGAACGUUAAUGGAAGGUACUCAACUUUCCAACCUCAGCUAGACGGAGUGAUACGUCUUUUGAGCACACGUAUGGCCACGGUACAAGAGUUGGACCGCAUGCUUGAUCAGUCAAUGAGCAGUUUCGAAGCGGCAAUCAACGAUCUACAGCGGUCCCUGACGGCUGAUGAAAUCUCGGAGCUGAAUGAAAUGCUUAAAUGGGCCUUGUUUAGCCACGAGUAUCUUUCUUUGGAAAAACUCGAGUCCGCCAUGAGGCUGUAUUCGGGCAUAGAAUCUCUCACGUCCCUCGAAUAUGUGAUCAAGAAUAAAUACUCAGCUGUGUUGAUGAUCGAGGAUGGUACCGUCUAUCCUCAAGACGGCGUUGUGGACUAUCUUCGGACAAAGAGGGAACUUUCCAAUCGCUCGUCGAACUUGAAAGACCGUCCUACCAUAAGCAUGACCAUCACUAUCAACAAUGUUGAUCAGGAGCUUUGUGGGCACUUUCUCUGGGAUCUUGCAGACAUGGCGAUCCGGGACAAGUUCAAAUUCGAUUUCAACAACAACGCCUCUAGUGCCUUGCACAGCAGCAGCCAGCGUGUCAUCUCAGUGGACGAGUUUGAAGCCAAUCAAACCAUUUUGACGCGAGCAUUUGACUACUUGAAAAGCGAGCCCAAAGAACAGACAAAAGAGAUUGGAGAGUAUCUCAUCUGCUGGCUUCCCUAUCACCUGAGCCAGCUUCGACAACUCGAGGACGAAGACAAGGGGGCGUUGACGUCGCAUGAACAGGCUGAGAUUGGAAAUAACUUGUACACCUUGUUCAAAGACGAUGCGGUCCUCAGACGGCAUCGAGCAUCUUUCGAAGAGCUCUAUUGGUGGUCAGACGAGAUGAUGGACGUUCAGAAGUGGUUGACCGACUCAGCCAUCGUACGAAGGCUUGACAAAUCGUGGCGCUCCAAGAUGGAGCGGGCGCGUUAUCCCACUAGGGGAUAUCUGAAAGAGCUCGUAAAUAUGGUGGUGCGAGGAUUCCUGAGAGAUAGGAGCUGGAGUGUCCCAAGUGCUUGUCGGUGGCUGAAGGAGUUUAUGGCUGCGGAUAAGGACAAAGUUGAGAAGCUUCCGGGCGUGUCGAAACCUGGCGAUGGUGACGUGAACCCAGAUGAUGGCUCGUCGCCUUCAUCAUCAUCUGCUGGCUCCAGCGACGAGAUAGACUGGGAUAUCGCGAGCAAAUGGUGCCAAGACGUUCUCGGCUUGUCAGAUGCAGAACUCGAUUCACUUUGGUAUGAAAGACUUGCCGAGGCAUCCUCCUGGGUGGGGAACGAUCCCGAUCAAGCGAUAUCGCUCUACCAGAGAGCCAUUCAGCUCGAAAACCCAAGCUGGCGAUGUUACCACGGCUUGGGUGUGACUUACUACAAUCGGGACCAGUCAGAUCGGGCGAUUGAACAGGUAGAGCUUGCCCUCAAGGAGGCAGAAUCGGAGAAGACGAUGCCCAAGCCGGGUCCCCAGGAAAUUGUCGAGUUGCACUUGUUGUUGGGCAAGUACAAUUAUGAGGCAGGGAAUAUGCCCACAGCGGCACAGCAUUACUCGUUGGCGUGUCAAAGCGACGAUACCGAGCAAUCGAUCACAGGACAAUUGGGACUUUUGAAGGCGAAUUUGAUGUCUCCAGAUGCCAAAGCAGCAACGCAAUUGCUGAAGACUAUGCUUGCUCAAGAAGGCGGGGAGAGCAGGAUGAACGACAUUCUGAAGAAGAUAGCACGGGACUCUGAACACGACACUCUGGCUUCAAACUUGUUCAAAAACACCAGAGAAGAUCCGGUACUGCUAGAGAAGAUGGUCCGCGCAAUGUACUCAGCCACGCAGAAGUCGAAUCCGCUAGAUGAACGCAACACCGAGCCCUUUGAUUUGGAUGCGCAAUAUGCCGAGGAAGAAGCCCGCGGUGUGCUGCUCUACGACCUUGGCCUCGCCGCCUACAAGUAUGGAAUCUCGCUCGACGGAAAGGAUCACGUCGGCGAAGCCCUGCGGCUUUGGGCCGAGAGCCGAGACCAACUAGCGAAUGUCGGCGGCCGCAACGCCUACGUUGCGCGAACAAACGCCUCCUCAGCUCUCGCGAACCACUACUUCUCGAGCCAAGGGCAGGGAAAAGACGAGGAGAACCUCGAAGCGCUCACAAAACUUGUCAACGAUGACUCGAAUACGUAUGACGACUCUCUCGCGGGACUCCUGGCAGUUCUGCACGCGUCACGCGGGGAGAACCAGAAAGCUAAAGCGGUACUCAAAUCACGGGCCAGCCAGGCUCUGCAAAUACUCUCUGACGAAAUGCCCGAGAAUGACCGCUAUGGCUUCUACAUUCUCCAGCAAGUGAUGAAGAGCUAUCGAGACUUCAAGGGUGCCUUUAUCGCCCUGUCUUUGCGCGGCCACCCAGAUAUCGUGACGGACGGGAUGAAGUUUGCAGCCGGUGACGUUACGGAGGAUGGAGUGGUGGACAAGGAAAAGGUUUUAGAGAUUCUCACGGCGCUGGCCAAGGAGACAGUUCAGCUCGCCAGGACCAACGUGCCAGACAGCGCAUCACAACUCAAACGCAUCCAAGUCGCCAAAGAACACGUAGACUCCCUUGUCCUCGCAAGUCAAGCCAAUUCCACCCCUGAAGCCAAUCCCAGCGAUGAAGACAAGGCGGCAAUUUCGAACGGCUCUGAAUCUGCGACUAGCGUUGCCCAUCGCCUCCUCCAGUCACGCAUAUCGGAACUAUCCAAUCUACACACCCCCAGCAUCAACUUUUCGAGCAGCUAUGCCUGCGAUGGCCGUACCCCAGAUGGCAAGAGGUGCGAGAACGAAGGGGAUUUUGACCACGACUUUUACCAUUGCGUCUACUGUUGGGACCGGGACUUUUGCCCCGACUGCCUGCCGCGGCUCCGUGAUCCCACUUCCGACCUGAUUACCGUCUGCAGCGCAAACCAUCAGUGGAUGCAGAGUCCGCGACAGGGAGAUGAAUUUUAUGCAGGGCCGAGCGCGAAGAGUGUCCGGGUGCCAGUGAGUGUAGAACCAGUCAAUGGCGACGCGAAUAUUUUACGUGCCUGUUAUGCUGAGCACGGCGGGGAGGAGGUCUUGGUCGAGGAUUGGAAGGCGAGCUUGGCAAGAGAGUGGGAAAUUCCACUGGAUGAGAUUAAGGGCAGCGUGGCUGGGUUGGAUACGCCUGAGAGAUACGCCUGA